AUGAGAGAACGAGAGGAAGAGGAAAUAAAGAGAAAAGAGAGACACGAGGAACAAUUGAGGGAAAAACAAGAGGAACUGGAGAAAAUGAGAAAGAAAUCUGAAAGAGAGAGCGAGGAAGAAAGACAAAAGAUAGAGGAGGAGAGACAGCGAUGGAGAGAUACUGAGAGAAGAGUGCGAGAGCAAAAAGAGAGAGAACUUGAAGAAAAGAAAAAUGAAUUGCAAUUUGCAAAACAUGAGCAGGUGGCACAAGAGAAAAAAGAAGACUGGGAGAGAAGUAAGCGAGAGGAUGAUGAGAGAAGAGAAGAGGAGAGAAAGAUAUGGAGGAAAACGGAUCUUAAACGAGAGCAAGAGGUGGAGAUCAGCAGAAGAGAGAAAGAGGAGAAAGAUAGAAAAGAAAAAGAACAUAAUAAACUGAAAAAGGAAUAUGAACAGAAAAUUAAAGAUAUAAAGAAGGAACAUGAAGUUGAAGCCAGAAAACAAGCAGAGGAAUUUAAUGAGUUCGGAGAGAAUAAAGAUCGCCACAUUCAAGAGCUUACUGAGAAACUCGAACACAGUCGAAAAGAUUAUGAAGACCUGGAAAGAGUGUUUGAAAGCUUACUUAAACUAAAAAGUGAGGAAACAAAUGAACUACGGAAAGAAAUUGAAAGACUGAAAAUAAGAAAAUGUUUCAUUCAGUGA